CUGAGGGUGGUUAGUUGAAGAAGAGAAACGUGAUAGCGUGAUGAAGAGAUCAUUAAGUAGCAGUUCCUCUUUCCAACCACCGUCCUGGGAGGAAGAUGGAUUUAUAUAGGAAGACUAACUACUAUUAUUUUAUUACAGCAUUAAAGGACCAUGACGGGUGACCCUAAAGAAGCAGAACAAGGCAUAGAAGAAGGGGUGGAGAUGCACUGCAGAAUGAGACGGCGGUGAUGGACGAGGAAGAGGAGAGCCUGCUCUCUCUGCUAUCCGCGGAGAACCUAUCAAUGCCCAAUGUUCAGACGAUUGUUGUGAGAGCAGACAUAAGGUGUAAUCACUGCCAAGAAAGAGUUGCCGUUCUCCUCUCAAAGGUUCAGGGCUUAGAGAAUUAUGAGGUGGACGUGACAAAGAGCGAGGUGACUAUGAGGGGGAGAAUAGACCUGAAAAAGAGGAGGAAGACGAAGAAACACGGGCGGUGCCAGUUCCUUCCUCCAAUUCUUAAACAAGGAUUAAUCCACAUGUCAAAGGGCAGGAGGCUCGGGAAUAGGAGCUUCAUACUGAAAGGACUUUCUUAUCUGCUUAGCUUCUUUAAUUGUACAUAAAGUUUGUUUUGCAUCUUCUGACAAGUAAAAUAAGAUUCUUGAUCAAAUCUCAUGUAUCGUCAAAGUUGACUCGUUUUAGGCGCUAAGCAUUGCUCGU